AAUAUAAAUGCAAGGAGUCUUCAAAAUAAAGCAUAUUCAUUGGAGUCCUUUCUCUUAGAAUUUAAUCCACACAUAGUUACAAUCACAGAAACGUGGUUACAUCCCUUAAUACUUGAUAGCGAAAUUGUCCCACCAAAUUACAUUAUUCUGAGAAAAGACAGAACGACUAGAGGUGGCGGAGUAGCAAUACUUCUAAAACGAGGUAUCCCCUACGAACAUAUGCCUGAUGUGAAAGAUGUUGAAUCUUUAUGGGGCAAGGUGUCAUUCGAUUAUUAUUCUGUUGUUGAGGGUGUCGUUUAUCGGCCUCCAAACUCAGACCACAAGUGUCUCUACAACUUAUAUGAUUACAUGCAACAACACAUUAAAAAUCAAAGGAUUAUUAUGGCUGGCAAUUUUAAUAUACCUGAGGUAAACUGGGAUUCGCUGCAACUUUGCACUAUUACCUCUGAUGCAAUAUUAUACUUUUUGUUUGCGUUUAAUCUGUCACAAAUCGUCAGAGAGCCAACACGGGUGCAGGGAACGUCCAGCAGUCUGCUUGACCUUGUAUUUCUUAGUGACCACUUCCCCCAGAGCCAAGUCGAUGUUGAAGUAGUAACGGGCUAUCCGACCAUAAAGCAGUUAUAUUCACCAUACCUAUACGAACUUCUAGGUUCUCAUAGGGUACCAUCAAAACUCUACUUGAUUUCAACAGUACCGAUGACGCGUGUAUAUUAA